CCAAUGAAAUCACUGUGUUAAAAAAAGCCAAAGAAACUUAUGGGACGGAGGUAUAAGUUGUCUAUGUAUAUAUAAAUAUAUAUGUAAAUAUGCGAUAGUUCGUAGUACGUAUAUAAAUGCAUACGUAUAUAUAUAUAUGUAUAUGUAUAUGUAUAUAAGUACCACAAUCUACAUAUAUUUAUUUAUAUGGAUAUAGUUUUUGUUGAUAAAUAAUUAACAGUUUAAAUUGCCAAUUACAAGUUAAGAAUAUUUAGCAAUGAUGUCAACACGAUACGUUUCUUUCAUAUCUGGAAUGGUAAUAGCCUCGUUAACGUGGGCUUUCAGUUUGUAUCUCUAUUCAAGGUUAUCAGAAAACACCGAUGCUGUCAACCCCACAAUGUUAAUAUCAGAAAAUAGAAAAUUGUUAGAUGAAUUUACAUAUGAUCGUAAGAAGUACAAUGCUAAAUCGCACAAUGAUCUAAUGGUACAUCGCGACAAAGAGUCUUGGAUGGAUAAAGGUGUUUACAAUUUAAAAGGAAAUAAUUUUAAAAACAGCGACAAACUAUUACAACAACUACAACCUGUGCCAAUAAAGUCUGCUGUUACCUUAGGAGGCCAAGGAUUGGAGGAAUUAGGAAUGAUAAGAAAUUUUGAUGAUCAACGAAAACGAGAGGAAGGAUAUAAAAACUAUUCCUUUAAUAUACUAGUAUCAGAUAAUAUUGGCGUACAUAGAGAAUUGCCAGAUACAAGACAUAAAUUAUGCGAAUUGCAAAAAUAUUCCAAUAAAUUGCCAAAUGCUAGCAUCGUUAUAUGUUUUUAUAACGAACAUUAUACGACACUUUUAAGAUCUUUACAUAGUAUUAUCGAAAGAACCUCUAAACAUCUUUUACAUGAAAUUAUCUUAGUAAACGAUUGGAGCGACAGCCAAGAAUUACACGGAAAGAUGAAAGCGUACAUUGAUAAUAAUUUUGAUGGGAAAGUAAAGCUUUUCAAAACAGAGAAGAGAGAAGGAUUAAUUAGAGCAAGAAUGUUUGGUGCAAGAAAGGCAACUGGAGAGGUUCUAAUUUUCUUAGAUAGUCACAUAGAAGUGAACAAAAUGUGGGUAGAACCUCUCCUCUCACGAAUUGCUCGUUCAAAAAGUAUCGUUGCCAUGCCAGUUAUCGAUAUAAUUAAUCCAGAUACAUUUCAGUAUACAGAUAGUCCUUUAGUAAGAGGCGGUUUCAACUGGGGUUUGCAUUUUAAAUGGGAUAAUUUGCCAGUGGGAACACUGGUACACGACGAAGAUUUUAUAAAACCUAUAAAAUCACCCACAAUGGCUGGAGGGUUAUUUGCAAUGGAUAGAGAAUAUUUUAUAAAACUUGGCGAAUACGAUGCUGGAAUGGAUGUUUGGGGUGGUGAAAAUCUAGAAAUAUCAUUUAGAAUUUGGAUGUGCGGUGGGAGUAUCGAAUUAAUACCUUGUUCAAGAGUGGGGCAUGUAUUUAGAAAACGAAGACCGUACGGUACAGAUGAUCAGCACGAUACUAUGUUGAAAAAUUCGUUGCGAGUGGCAUAUGUUUGGUUAGACGAAUAUAAAGAUUACUUCUUAAGAAACGUUAAAAGAAUUGAUUACGGUGACAUUACAGACAGGCAAAAUUUACGACAGAAAUUGAAAUGCAAAAAUUUUUCAUGGUACUUAAAAGUGGUAUAUCCUGAGUUAGCAUUACCAGAUGACAACAAGAGUAGAUUAAAAGAUAAAUGGGCAAAAGUAGAACAAAAAGCAAUGCAACCUUGGCAUUCCAGAAAAAGAAAUUAUACCGAUCAGUAUCAAAUCAGACUUUCUAAUACAGCCUUAUGUAUUCAAAGUGAAAAAGAUAUCAAAACAAAAGGUGCGAAACUUAUUUUAAUGCCAUGUUUAAGGAUUAAAUCACAGAUGUGGUACGAAACAGAUAAGAAAGAAUUAGUACUAGGUCAAAUGCUAUGCAUGGAAGCAGCAGAGAAAUAUGCAAAACUUGGAAAAUGUCACGAAAUGGGCGGCAAUCAAGAGUGGCGAAACAAAAGUGCCAAAGGUACACCUGUAUACAAUAUGGCAGCUGGUACGUGUUUAGGAGCGUCACAGGCAGCAAAAGGCGGUCAAGUAAUAAUGGAUUUGUGUACUAAAUCGGAUACUAGUUUUAUAUCAUGGGAUUUAGUACGUUCAAAGGUCCUUUCAAAAGAAAUUAGAUGACACGAAAUAAAAUCAGUUGUAAAUGAGUAAUUAAAAAUGAAAUUGUUAUAAAAAAAUAUGAUCUAUACGUUUGGAGAGAUUUGUGAUACAAGGCUGGUUAUUACAAGAAUUUUGAUAUCUUUACUUUACUUUUGUAAUAUCUUGUAUUUUAUAAACUAAACGGAGCAUGACAAUAUAAUAUAAGAAGUUAGUUAAUUGUAUGAUACGUAAAUCAUUACAGUGGUACGACUGUGUAUAAUUUUUUACAUGUUUUUAUUUUUUUUGUAUAUGUUACUUUAUAAAAGCACGAUACACUUUUUCUUAUAAAUCAAUCACAUAAAGAUAGUACAGAAAAUGUUUUAUUAUAAUAACUUAAUUGCGUUGUUAUUCGACUAUGUAUGUACGUGUCUGCAAUAGGUAAGAUUAAAUUAUCUUGAAAUAUUAAAUGAAAUUGCCGAUUGGGUGUUAACAGCAAAAAAAGCAGAAAGAAACACGAAAGAGAAGUCUGAAUUGUUGAUUUUUGACCAUUAAUUACGGCGUUUUCGUAAAAAAUGCGCAAGUUGAAAAUUUUUGCUCUCGCCGUGAAUGCACGACAGGAUUAUAUCCUAGCAUGACAAGAUUAUAUCGUAGCAUGACAGGAUUAUGCCCUAGCAUUAUAGGAUUAUGCCCUAGCAUGAUAGGAUUAUGCCCUAACAUGGUAGGAGUUAAUCAUAACAUGUUAGAAAAUAAUUGUAACAGAAAGAAAGAAAGAAAGAUUCAUUUAAUAUUAGAAAAAAAAUAUUUAUUUUUCGAAUGUAAUUCCUGCAAGAGCAUGUUGAAAAAAUCUGAAGGGACAUAUAGGUCGCAAUAGCUGUGAAAGAUGUAGAGAAGCGGGUACAUGUUAUAAAAAAGGAAUUAUCUAUGAAAACCAUAAUGCUAGUGCUCGGACACAUUUUGAUUUUGAAAAGUUCCGCGACAUGAACCAGCAUCAAAACGAUAAAAGGAUCGCUUUAUUAAAUCUAUUUUCGCCCUUAGUAAUCAGUGAUGUACAUGUUACAUUAAUUAGUAUAAUUGACCAUCUCGUAUCUUUUCACCUAUGGCUUCUUCGUUGUAGCCAUUCGUUACUUGCGUGUGCCCCUCUAUACGCCGUGCAGUCUAUGUUCAGUUAGGUGUCAUGGCGUCUUCCCAUGUUGUAGUUGACCUGUCGUUUACUUAAUUCUAUUUGUGCUUCGAUAUUUAAGUUGUCUAUUCUUGUUGUUUACAUUAUAGAUUUUUAAUAUUAGUGAUUGCAUUGUUUAACAUUUAUUGAACGGUCCGUCACCUUGUACUAUGUACUAAUUUUGUAUUCAUUUCAGGUAAAGUAUAUUUGGAUUUUAUUUGGUUGAACGAUCACACUCCCGAUGAGAGAAGAAAUGUAUCUCGCCCGUUCCAUUAUAAAUAGCUAUUUUCCUAAGCAUGCUAUCAUCUAAUAUGGAGGACGGUAUACUAUUAACUGUAAAUUUGCACCGGACCAUGGGAUAAAUCAUCUAGUUAUGCUCCCCAAGGAUGUUAUUGAAAAGAGCAUAUCGCAUUAUACAAGAGCAAGGUGCAAUUUUGUCCGAUUCCGAUUCUGCGAGUGAAAGGUGUAACUGUGGCAAGAAGAAGAAGGCAAGCUGAAGAUAAAAAUAAUGUAUAUAAAAAAUGUUUCCAAUGUAUACAAUAAAAUGUAAUGUGCUUUUCUAUGCUUGAUUAGAAAAAAGGAUUUUCAUUUACAGUUAAAAUAUAAUGUUUGUAAUAAAAUUGUAUCUGUUGAAAGGAAUUAUAUCAUGUUUGAUACGA